AUGGGCAUUUCAGCCAAGUGGAUUAAAUCACUGGUUCGCAUAAGAAAGCAGGACAAGGGGCGGAGUUCAGAAAAUCAAGAAAAGGCACAAAAUGCCGAGAGCAGUGAAGCUAGCUCUUCUGCUCGACAGCUACACAAACGAAAGCAUUCUCUGGAUCCCGCAUUAGAAGAACUUGCAGUACCUAGUGAAACAUCGACGGAUGGCACCAACACCCAGUUAGGUUCAAAUUCCAUUUCAUCAGAAAGUGCAUCACGUGAUGUGCAUGUUUCUCAGACAGAAGAACUUCCUAGAGAAGGGGAUUUGGCUGCAACAGUUAUUCAGUCUGCAUUUCGGGCAUUCUUGGCUAGGCGGGCUUUACGAGCACUUAAAGGUAUAGUUCUACUCCAGGCCCUUGUGAGGGGCCAUGUGGUGAGAAAGCAGACAGCAGAAACGCUUCAGUGUAUGCACGAGCUGGUACGAGCCGAAGCUCGUGUCAGAGCAAGGCAAGCCGGUGUUGCAUUAGAAAACCAAGUGGCGCGGAAAAAGGUCCCUGAGCAAGAUGAUUGUGAGAACCAUGUUCGAGGAAUUGAGGAAGGCUGGUGUGGCGGUAUUGGUUCUGUUGCAGAAAUGCAAGCUAAAGUACUGAAAAGGCAGGAAGCUGCUGCAAAACGCGAGAGAGCGAUGGCGUAUGCAUUGACCCAUCAGCGGCAAGCUGGUUUAAGGCAGCAGAAACCUACAAAUCUGCAAGGAUCCGAACUUGAUGACGACCACUGGGGAUCAAACUGGGUAGAGAGAUGGGUGGCUGCACGUCCAUGGGAGAACAGGUUACUUGACAAUAAUGCGAAAGAGAGCAUGCCAGUGUGUGAUGAUAAUCAGGAUGAGGAAAUAAAAUCUCAGGUCACACCAAAGGGCAAAGCGCCAACUUCAAGCACUCCUCCUAAUGGCCUGAGCAAGAAGAAAGGUGCAAGCCACAGGAAGUCAUAUUCGGAUAUAAAUUUCACUUCAUUUGGGCGAUCGUCAAGUGUACUGCCUUCCACCUCUCUGGGAACAUCCAAACAGAAGUCGAAACUGGAAGAUGAGGCUUUUGAGGAAGUCAGCUCCCAGCCCACAGAUGUAGCUUCCUUGGCUGUGCCCAAUCAGAAAGAAAGGCGCGGGCAGCUGAAUACAUCCGCCAAGAAGCGCCUGUCCCUGCCAAAUAACGUCGGCGGGGGAGCAGCAAAGGGGACAACCAACAGAAAUCCGAUGAACCGAUCCAGCAGUGCCAAGUCUGACCCAAAACCACAGGCAAACGCGCCCAACCAAGCCCGGAAGCAAGUCGAGCUGCAGGCCUGA